UGCAUCAAGGCAUCAAAUAAAGCACCGCAGCGCCGCUGAAAGGUUUAAAAAACACAGCAUGGAACAGCUUUAAAAUGCUCCACUACUGCAAAACAUGGCCCAUAUAAAAACUAGAAUAGAAGAUAGCCCAUAUAAAUUCAUAUUCUUCUCAUGUGCUUUACUGUAAAUGGGGAGAGAUCGCUGAAAUGAACCGAAUAUGAAGAUUAACUAAAGCAACCUAAACAUGACAAACAGCAGGCUUGAGACAUGGAAGAUCAGUGUGGAUGCAAGAGCUCAGGGAUUUCAUCUUAGAUUGAGAGUUAGCAAUGCCUUCAAUAAAGGGUGGUUUAAUCGAAAGAAAUCUAAGCUUUUUCAAUUGUCUCUAAGGGCAAAUAUAUACGGUGGCCUUCUGAGGAUCAAGGCUGCAGCUAGUAGAUUAUUGGGUACAUUGGGAGACCAAAGUCUUAACUGGAAGAACGUGAAAUGGAUUGGAGAAUUUAGUUUCAAAAAGAAAUCCUUUAGGAUUAAAGGAUGCUAUGUUGAUCCAACAACCAGACCUAACCACAGAAACACUUCAUGUUGUUUUUACAAAUCGUGCAAUCCUUCAUAUGGUCGAUCCUUCAGGAACAUUAUCGUUACACAGAAGAAGUCUGUCCAUGAGAGUCACAACGAUAAUUCUUAUCCGAAGUUCUGGGAGGCACAGCUUACAUCUCUCAUGGGCAAUUUGUCCCUACUUUCCUAUUUUGUGAACAAGAGGGAGAGAGGAGCCAGCAUAGUCCAGGCAGCAGGCGUGUUAACCACACUCAUUGUGCUGUUGCAAUUAGCUAUAGCAGGGGCUAUGCCCUUACUCGUUUUUUGUGCCACUGCAGCAGCAUGUUUGAUAGGGUUUGCCGUGAAUUCAUUAAAUUAUACAAAUUUUAUUAGUGAUGGUGCUUGGAAAGUCUGGACAGAUAUUCUGGGCGUAGGAGGCAUGUAUGUGCUUACACAGGUGGUUUGGUUGACUUUUGUCCCCCGUCUCCCCAGGAGUAAAUUGCCUGGAAUAAUUGCUGCUGCACUACUGCUGGUCUUUAUAGAAUUGGCGAAUUGGGGAUGGCUACCAGCUGCGUUACUGAGUAUCUUAGAAGGAAUUUCAGGAUGGAUAGCAACACUUCUUUUCAUUUGGUCUCCUGUGUCCCAAUUGUAUUCAAACAUAAGGAAUCCUGCGAACCUCCAUGGGCUCUCAGUCUUUACAAUUCUACUUGCUCUUGUUGGAAAUGGAAUGCUUAUACCUCGUGCACUAUUCAUACGGGAUAUGAUGUGGUUCACUGGUAGUUCUUGGGGUUCUAUAGUACAAGGCUGGGCUAUACUACUAAGCAUGUACCUAAAUAAGGCAGCAAAUAGUUUUUUGUUUUGGGGAGUGACGUGCGGCUUCAUACUGUGGCUAGGUGCAAUUGCUCUCAAGGACAUGCAUGCUUAUUCGUUAAGCAAUCCACUUGAUCCAUUCAUAGAAUUACUUCAAGGCAAGAGAAAAUACGAAAUUUCUAAGUGAUUAUAUCAUGUUGAUAGUAGAUCAUCGAUUGUAUUUUGUAUAAAGUGUACAUACAACCUUUUUUAUCUCUCCAUUUUCAAAUAUCUUCAAAGGAUUUUGACUAUUUUAAAAGAUUUGGAAUACAUAAUUUUAUGUUAGAGUCUAUUUUAAAAUUUUAAUUUUGUAUUACAA